AUGACGAGCGCCAAGAAUGAUGUCGAUUGUAAAAUUGUGGAUCCGCUAAAACGAUUUCAGUGGCUGAAUCGUCAGAACCUUGUCUGCCACCUAGGAGCUGCUGCAGGAAAAGUUCGGAGUGAAAUAUCCUCCGUAGUUAAAGGAAAACUACUUUGCCUCAAGAUCGACAGUGCAACCCGGCUCGGACGACACAUAUUAGGUGUUAACAUACAAUUUUAUGACACAAUGAAAAAGGAUAUUGUUAUUUACACCAUAGGUAGCAUGCUGGAAUUAAACAAUAGACACACUGGAAUAUUUUUGAAAAGCAAGAUAUUGGAAAUACUCGCUCUAUACAAUGUUUCACUAGAGCAGAUAUUCACGGUAACAUGCGAUACCGGGGCGAACAUGAUAGCUGCUGUUAAGCAAUUACAAUCCGAACUUCAAACCCUGUUCAACACACCAACGGAAGACGAUGGCUGCACGAUUCCUGACGAACAAUUGGAGUGGACUGAAUCCGUAGAACGAGAAUUCAGUCACACUAUAACUGUAGUGAGACAGCACGUACAUACUAUGCAGCUUUCAGUGAGUGAUGUCAUCAAGGCAUACAAUGUGGAACUACGCAAAUACCUUAUGGAACAAUGGCAAUUCGUAAAAGAAUAUGUUGAAGCGUUUGAGCUAGUGUACAUACUCCAAGUUGAGCUCGCUGAAAGA